AUGUUUGUUGUUUGUUCUCUGUUAAACCUCUUUCUUAUUAUUUCGCGUUCAAAUGUGGUCUUAUCCAAAACUUAUCCGAUUGUAUACCGAGCAGAUCUAACCUCCCCCGAAAGGCUUUGGGCAUGCGAGGGCUUUACUUGCCUCGGUAAAAAGACUGGGCUGAAAGACGAGUGUAUGACCUACCAGGACCACGUCGUUUGGCCCGAAGAUUUAAUUACAGCAAACAAAGACCCGUGGAUAUCAACAUCGUACAGUAAAGAGUUUGCAAUAUCCUGGGCCAGGUUAAGGUACCCCAAAGUUGAAAGUUGGGUCUACGCCAUUUCCACGGCGGGGAUUGAAAGCAAAUGUCUUGAUAUUGAGGAAGCUUACAGAAAAGAUGGUGAAAGACACCCUCAUCCUAACCACCACGAGAUUGCUAUAAGAGACGAAAUACCUUGGGCAAAUGUUGUAGGCUGGUUCAAUAUUAUGCCCGGUAAACCUUCUGUAUGGGAAGAUCGGCCGUCAUCUUUAAGUCCGUUAAAGCCCAACGACCCUCGCAAGCCAGCUAUAACAAGCUAUCAAUCCGGAACCUCCAAACAUUGGGUCGAAACCUGGAGGGAAGAUACGGGUCCAUGCGACCAGGUCUUAAACUUUUAA